GUACGGGAUGUUGUUGCGAAAAUAUGGGUUGGCGGCGGACCACGUGAUUGACGCCCGAAUCAUGGAUGUUAACGGGAGAAUCCUGGACCGGAAAUCCAUGGGGGAGGAUCUCUUCUGGGCUAUCAGGGGCGGCGGGGGCGCUAGCUUCGGCGUCAUACUCGCCUGGAAACUGGAACUGGUUCCCGUGCCUGAAACCGUCACGGUAUUCAACAUUUCCAAAAUCCCCGAACAAAACUUAACCAACCUAUUGUAUAAAUGGCAGUUUUUCGCCAACAAGGCCGACAGAAACCUAUACCUCAGAGUCCUCCUACAAAACACCAACACUACUACUACCAAUGGGGGGAUAACAGUAGAGGGUUUGUUCAGUGCACUAUACCUCGGAAGAUCCGAAGCCUUGCUAGCCAUGAUGCAGAAAGGAUUUCCAGAAUUGGGCGUCACCAAAUCCGACUUAACGGAGAUGAGUUGGAUCAACUCCGUAACCUAUCACUUCCCCGUCGACAGCCUACUCAACCGCUCCUUCAAUCUCAAACAGAGCUACAAGAUCAAGUCCGACUACGCCAAACGCCCCUUUACCCCCCAAACUUUCCAAGGGAUGUUAGAACUGUUUAAAGAAGAAGACAUCAACGGGCCGCAAAUGCAGCUUAUUCCCUAUGGAGGGAUAAUGGAUGAGAUUUCGCCCUCAGAAACGCCUUAUCCACACAGGGCAGGUAACCUAUUUUUCCUCGGAUACACCAAUGGAUGGGACGAAGUCGGCCAACUGGCGGCUGAGAAGCAUCUCUCAUGGAUGCGGAAACUUUACGAUUACUUGACUCCCUAUGUUUCCAACAAUCCCAGAGAAUCCUACUCCAAUUACAGGGAUUUUGACCUGGGACAAAACAAUUUGGUGGGGACAACCAGCCUAGCUCAGGCAAGUUCUUGGGGAUAUAAAUAUUUCAUGAAUAACUUCUAUAAGCUUGCCAAAGUGAAGGCUUUGGUAGAUCCAGAUAACUUCUUCAGGAGUGAACAGAGCAUUAUUCCACUUUCAUCUCCACUCUGACCGAAUUCAUCAUUGCCGACACAACAUUUAUAUAUGACUCUUCUGCA